CUCGGCUCGGGGAUGUUCCCUGAGGAUGUGCAGGUAUUCAAACCUGCUGCCGCACACAAAGCCUCUGGGAACCACAUCGAGAAAGGUUGAAGAGCUUUUCUUUUCUUUUCCACUUUCGUCAUCUAUUUUCUCAAAUCAAACGAUGGCCAACGCAGGUAUUCAACUUCUUGGCUUCACCUUGGCCUUUCUGGGCUUCAUUGGCUCGAUAGCGUCCACAGUCAUGGUGGAAUGGAAAGCUUCGUCGUUUUCAGGAGACAAUAUCAUCACAGCCCAGGCGAUGUUUCAAGGGCUUUGGAAGAGCUGUGUAUCGCAGAGCACCGGUCAGGUUCAGUGUAAAGUGUACGAUUCUCUUCUACAACUACCAGGGAUUGUACAGGGCACACGGGGGCUGAUGCUGUCCUCCAUCCUGCUGUGCUUUAUUUCCAUGAUGGUGUGCGUCGUGGGCAUGAGGUGCACCACCUGUAUGGCGGAUCAACCAGAACAGAAGGACAAAGUGGCUCUCGCCGGAGGGGUCGUCUUUAUUAUUGCUGGUCUGCUUGCUCUGGUGGGAACAUCUUGGUACGGCCACAGAAUAGCUCAGGAAUUCUACGACCCGUUCACUCCGACUAAUUCCAGAUAUGAAUUCGGAAGCGCGUUGUUUGUCGGAUGGGGAGCGGCCUGUCUCAUCAUCAUAGGAGGAGGCUUCCUCUGCUGCAACUGCUCCAGCCAGAGCUCCGGGAAAUCUCCCCGCUACCCACCGCCUCGCUCUACAGGUCCGCCGGGCAAGGACUUUGUCUGAGGCCAUUGCUCUGCUCAGGGAAGAACGCAGACUUCAGGGAAUCCUUUUCUGUCCAUUAGGGUUCUGUUUUCGUGUCUAAAUGUUUUGCAAUGUGUAUCCUCAAUGCGUAUCGUCAUGGCCUUUGUAGUAUGGCAUGUUUUUAUAGCACUCAGGUUUGGUUGGCUUGAUGUGUAACACAUGGCUUGUGAUCGAAUAAACCCCUGCAAGCCAAUAAUGUUUUGCAUUUCUCUGUACUUUUCGCUCACCUGCUACCACUACCCACUCACUCUUUACAUGCUGUAUGACAAACCCAUGUACUAAUUAAUACAUGGAGCGGCAAUAAUAAAAAUACAUAUUAUAGUAUGCCGAUGAAGUUGAAAAAAUAUGUCGAAAACAGUAAAAAAAAGUGAUGGUGUUUUUAGAAAAGGAACAAAAAAGUUACUUCAAAAAAAGUAAGUAAGUGAAAAUAUAGAGAAGGUAGUAAGGUGUGUUGAAAACAGGCAUAGUAUACACCGUUGAAAAUGUUUUUAAAAGUGUUAAAAACAAGCUUUUUUUAAAAACGAGUUUUUUAUCAUGUAAUAGUAAAAUGUAAAAAAAAGCAUAAAAAAUAAAUGGCUUUGUAUGUCUGAUUAUUGUAUUUUGCUGUGAUAUUUUUUAUGAUAUAGGUUAUUAUUUCCUUUAUUAUAAGCUUUCCAUUUUAAUGUACAUUAUGUUGGAUGUCUUAUUUCUGUGCCAAUUUCACGGAAUGCUUUCCCUUUUUAUAACAUAUUGACGGAAUACUGUAAUGUAAUGUAAGUAAUUUCUUCUUUAGGAUGUUUUAUGACAUAAUCUCACCAUCUACUGUCCUAUGCAUUUUUAUCACAUUUAUAAUGACAUACUACAAUAAAAAAAAUACAAAGUUCUGACUUUAA